AUGCAGUUCCACCUCCUCACCCUCGCCCUCUCCCUCCUCGCCCUAACCCACGCACAUCCCACCCUCACCCCCCGUGCCGACACCAACACCUACACCUGCACCACCCUAAAAUCCUCCCCCCUCAUCUCCCACCUCCCGGAUCUCGGUACUCUCAAAACCUUCCCCGACGGCAACGGCUUCUGCCUCACCGCCGCCAGGCUCUGCCGUGGUCAGUCCAGCAUCUGGUGCGAACAGAAAAGAGGCACCGUCGUAGGUGUGCAGCUGGCCCGCGGGGGCACCAUGCUCGUGCAGGCCUUUGGGCACUUGGAGAACAUGCAGAUCCGGUGCGACGAUCUGCGGCGCGGGAUCGAAGAGCUGGUGAGCAGAUGUGGGAAGGAUGGGAACGUGGCGGGGAAGGUAAAGUUUGUGGGGAAUGAGGGGCAGGGAGAUGUUACGGUUGAGCUCACUGGGUGGUAG